AUGGCUAAGAGAAAAGAGGGAAGUUUUUCGUCACCUGGAUCCAAGAAAAGACCUAGACAAGAAUUCCGAGAAGAGACUGAUGAUGACACUAAUGAAGAAGACUUUUCACAGCAGCUCAGUGACAGUGGAGAAGUCGGAAUAAUUGAAAGUAUCCAAAUGAAGAACUUUAUGUGCCAUUCAAUGCUGGGACCAUUCAAGUUUGGCUCUAAUGUCAAUUUUAUUGUUGGAAACAAUGGAAGUGGAAAGAGUGCUGUGUUAACUGCCCUUAUUGUAGGGCUUGGUGGAAAAGCUACAGUGACAAACCGGGGAUCAUCUGUGAAAGUGUUUGUAAAAGAUGGGCAAAAUUCUGCAGAUGUUUCAGUAACUCUGCGAAACCGAGGUGAAGAUGCAUUUAAACCAGAAUUGUAUGGUGACACAAUCACUGUAAAUCAGCACAUAAGCUUGGAAGGACAUCGUAGUUACAAACUGAAAAGCAGCACAGGUGCAUUAAUUUCUUCUAAGAAGGAAGACCUUACUGCAAUUCUGGAUCACUUUAACAUCCAGGUGGAUAAUCCUGUGUCUGUACUCACCCAGGAGAUGAGUAAACAGUUUUUACAAUCUAAAAAUGAAGGAGACAAGUAUAAGUUUUUUAUGAAAGCUACACAGUUGGAGCAGAUGAAGGAAGAUUAUUCAUACAUCAUGGAAACAAAACAAAGAACACACGAUCAAGUGGAACAAGGAGGAGAGUUUCUUGAAGAGCUUCGAAAAAAGUAUUUGGAGAAAAAAGAUCAUUACGAAAGUAUGACUUACGUGAGUGAAAUGCAAAAUAAACUCAAGGAGCUGCAGCAUCAAAUAGCUUGGGCAAUGGUGUCAGAAACUGAAACUGAAAUAAAACCAAUCAGAGACAAAAUUGGCGUUCAGGAAGCAAGCACUGAAAAAUUUAUUCAGAAAGUGAAAGAAUGGCAGGUUAAAGUAAAUGAAGCGGAAGUAAAGCAUAAAUGUAUGCAAGAAAAACUUGAAAAGAUAAUGGAAGAAGCUGAAAUGUUAGCACCAACAUGUGUUGCUUCGAAAACAGAAGUACAGAAAAAAAGAAGAGCAUGCAAUGAUGCAGAGGCUGCAUAUAAUAGGUCUCAAGCGUCACUGAAACGCUUGGAAAAAGACAAUGAGCAACUCCGCAAAAGAAUUGAAGAAACGAAAAGCAGCACUCAUGGAAUAUCAGCUCCUGAAGAGUUGGAAAGACAAAGAAAAACCGAGCAAUUGAAAGCGCAACAGAAACAAUUUCAUGAUGAAGAUGAAUUAAUUAAUCAAGAAAUAAAGCAGUAUCAAAGUACUGUGCGUGCCUACAGAGAGGAGUGUGCUGGACUUCAGAAAGAAGAACGUGAACUGAAAGCAGUACUUGAUUCUCAGCAGCAACAGCUAAGACAGUUGAAGGAGACCAGGACCGACAGGCUGAAAAGAUUUGGGCGACAUAUGCCAGCCCUUUGUGACGCAAUUGAAAGGGCUUUUCAGCAGGGGCAGUUUAAACACAAACCAAUUGGACCCCUAGGUGUUUUUAUUCAUCUGAAAGAUGCUGAACUUGCUUUGGCUGUUGAGGCAUGUUUGAAAAGCUUGGUUUCGGCAUUUUGCUGCGAUAACCAUAGCGAUGAAAAAAUAUUACAGACACUGAUGUCACAGUUCUGUCCAGCUGGCUACCGACCUCAAAUCAUUGUUAGUACUUUUCGGAAUAAUAUUUAUGAUGUAAGGCAAAAGGCAGUUGAUCAUCCUGUCUACCCUUCAGUGUUGACAGCACUAGAAUUUGAUAAUCCCGUGGUUGCCAACUGUCUGAUUGACAUGCGGGGUAUAGAAACCGUCCUGCUAAUCAAAAAUAAUGUGGAAGCUCGCGAAGUAAUGACGAUGCGAAUGCCUCCAAAAAAUUGUAGAGAAGCUUUCACUGCUGAUGGUGAUCAGGUGUUUCACAAUCGUUAUUAUUCUUCUGACAAUACCAGGCCCAGGUUCCUCAGUAGAGAUGUGGAAGGGGAUAUAAGUCACUUAGAGAAAGAAAUUGGAAACAAAAAAGCUCAGCUUUCCUCUUGUCAACAAAAAAUAUCUUCCAUUAACAAUAGUAUAGGAAAGAAUCAAAACAUCAUUAAUAAUCACCAACUGCAUCAAAAGAAAAAACAGGCAGAAAUGAGAGAAAUAAGUCUAGAAAUUGCAGAUCUAGAAGAACAACAGUCAGCCAUCAUAUCUACAUUAGAAGAGGAAGCUGAAGAGGUCAAGCAGAAGAUGGAAAAUGAUAAGAAGAAUAUACUUCAGCAGAAGAAGGAAAUGGAGGAGGGAAAGCAUAGGCUACAAGAAGCAGAACAGAAAUUAGCAGCAAUUAAAGAAAAAAUCCAUCACGUAGAAGAAGAAGCAGGCCCAGUCAAGGAUGGACUAAAUCAAGCAGACGAUGAAUUGGAACACAGUAGAAAUUACAUGCAACACUAUGAGGGGAAAAAGAAAGAGCAUUUGGAAUCCAUAAAAAACCUUAAAAAUCAUCUAGCUGCAAAAGAGAGAGAACUGACGGAAAUGAUUGCAAAGGCUUCCGAAAUCCACCCAGAGAGAAUAGAAGUAAAUAAAACUGUUAAGCGUCUUGAUACAGAAAUGAAUCGCUUGAGAAAUGAGAUAAAUUCAGAAAGGGAGCGUACUGGAGAUAUAGAAGAAAUAAUAAGGCAACUUCAGGAAGCAAAAGAAAAAUACCAGAAUGCAGAGGGUGAAGUCAAGAACUUGAAAAAAUUUAUUAAACUAUUGGAUGAAGUGAUGGAUCAGAGAUAUAAAACAUUUAUACAUUUUAGAAGGUUUCUGACUAUGCGGUGCAAAUACUACUUUAAUUCUUUGUUAAGUCAGCGGUCAUAUUCUGGAAAAAUUGAGUUUGACCACAAAAAUGAAAAGCUGUCAAUUACAGUUCAACCUGGAGAGGGAAACAAGGCUGCUCUGGAUGACAUGAAGUCUUUAUCUGGGGGUGAACGUUCCUUCUCUACUGUGUGCUUCAUCCUUUCCCUGUGGUCAAUUGCAGAAUCUCCUUUCAGAUGUUUGGAUGAAUUUGAUGUCUUUAUGGAUAUGAUUAACAGAAGAAUUGCAAUGGACAUGAUGCUUAAGAUGGCAGAUUCUCAACGUUACCGUCAAUUUAUUUUGCUCACGCCACAGAAUAUGAGUUCCUUGCCUACCAGCCGCUUAAUUCGAAUCCUCCGAAUGCAAGACCCGGAGAGAGGACAAAGCACACUGAAUUUCCAUCAUAGAGGCGAAGAAGAUGAAGAUGAAGAAUGAGCAC